AUCGUCGAUAAAGAGUCGAGACUCUGCCACGCACAGCUCUUCUCAGUCCCAACGAGAAUGGCAACGGCCUUCUCAUUUGCGCAGACCACUCUCUUCUCCAAAACCUCACCUUCUCUCCGCGCAGCUUGCCUCAGAAGCUUCACUUUCUGCCUGCCUUUCUCUUCUUCCUCUGCAGCUCUUUCCUCCGAUAGGCUUCGCAGCAAGAAAUGGAGGCAGCCGGUGGCUUCGGUGCUCGAGCUGGGCGGCGUCAAGAUUGCUAAAGAUGAUGUGCUGAGGGAUGACCCCACAAACAAUGUUCCGGAUACAAUUUUCGCAAAGCUUGGACUCCAACUCCACAGAAGAGAUCAGCACCCACUUGGGAUUUUGAAGAAUGCAAUAUACGAGUAUUUUGACACCAAUUACUCGAAUCAGUUCGAUAAGUUUGAUAAUCUCAGUCCAAUUGUGUCUGUGAAAGAGAAUUUUGACGAUGUUUUGGUUCCUGCUGAUCAUGUGAGUCGAAGUUAUAAUGAUACAUACUAUAUUGACUCUCAAACCGUUUUGAGGUGUCAUACAAGUGCUCAUCAGGCCGAAAUAUUGAGAAGAGGAUAUACUCACUUCCUUGUAACAGGAGAUGUGUACCGUAGGGAUUCCAUUGACUCAACUCAUUACCCUGUGUUCCAUCAGAUGGAAGGUGUUCGUGUUUUUUCUCCACAAGAUUGGGAGGCAUCUGGGACAGAUGGCACAUCUUAUGCUGCUGGAGAUUUAAAGAAAUGUCUAGAGGGUUUGGCACGCCACUUAUUUGGUUCUGUGGAAAUGCGCUGGGUUGAUACAUAUUUCCCAUUUACCAACCCAUCAUUUGAACUUGAGAUAUUUUUUCAGGAAAAAUGGUUGGAAGUUUUGGGUUGUGGGGUGACAGAACAAGAAAUAUUGAGGAGAAGUGGCAAAACAGACAACGUUGCUUGGGCUUUCGGACUUGGAUUGGAACGGCUGGCAAUGGUUUUAUUUGACAUCCCUGAUAUUCGGCUUUUCUGGUCAACUGAUGAGAGAUUCACUUCUCAGUUUUCAAGUGGCCAGCUGGGAGUCAAAUUCAAGCCAUUUUCCAAGUAUCCUCCUUGUUACAAAGAUGUCAGUUUUUGGAUAAAUGAGUCUUUCACCGAAAACAAUCUAUGUGAAGUUGUUAGAGAAGUAGCUGGAGAUCUUGCAGAGGAGGUACAAUUGAUAGACAAUUUCACAAACAAGAAAGGAAUGACCAGCCACUGCUACAGAAUCACAUAUCGAUCCAUGGAACGCUCGCUCACAGAUGAUGAAAUUAAUAAGUUGCAGGCAAGUCCUAUAACGAGAGAUGAUUGGAAUGUGAGAGAGUUGGUGCAGAGCAAGUUGAACGUCGUUCUAAGAUGAGAGGUCUCGGUGCGGUAGCCUAUUUUGGCAAUCAUGAUUUAUAGGUGUUGAAUUUUUACCUACAUUGUAAAAUUGUUCCCUUUUUUUCAGCUGCCUGUGAAUACAGAUUUUUAAGCCUGCCUUGGCAAGAGAUAAAGAGAUCAACCUUCCAAGAAUUCAAGGGGGAGACGUUGAAAAUAAUUUUUUUUUUACUGGAAAAAGAAAGGUUGUAGUAUCGAAAAUGGUUUUGGCAAGCAAACGUAUUAUUUCAGCUGCGGUAAUUUGUUUCA